AUUCAAAAUAAGUUCGAAACGAUUUCUAUAUCGUGUAGGAAUAAUAAUUAUUAUUAUCGAAUAGUAGCAGUAGGUCCGACCCGGAAGCGUAAUAAUUUUUUUUUCCAGUAGAAAUGUCUUCAAAUCUUAGCAAACGGAAACGAUGGUUCAGUUCCGCCUUUGAUGAUGAAACCAAACCAACACCGGUGAAGCUGCCCGGCGCACUGUCAACUCAAUCUUCGGUAACCAAAAAAGUGAAACUCACUAAAUCCAACAGUGUGUCCUCAACAAUUGUAGAAAGUAAAAACAGCUCAAUCAAUCUUUUGAACAAACGACAGAUCGAUUGGUCCGUUGAUUUGGCUCCGCAAACAAUCUCCGAUUUGGCAGUUCAUCAGAAAAAACUAGACGAGAUUCAACAGUGGUUCAAAACGUACGAGCGUGUAAAGGACUGUGAUCCGGUAGCCAUCAUGUUGCUGUCGGGUCCGCCAGGUUCCGGAAAAAGUGCCGCUAUCAAAACCAUCGCCGAAGAUCUUGGCUACCGGGUGACUGAAUGGACCACUCCCGUCGAUGUGGAUCUGUUUGUAAAUGACAACUACGACUUUGACGAUAAUCGACCGCAAGCCACGUUCCGCGAGAAUCAAAAGCAACUGUUCGAUAGUUUUCUGUAUAAAAGUUCCCGCUACUGUUCGAUAUUCGAAUCCGCGUCCGAUCAGAAGCUGCUUGUGGUGAAGGACUUUCCAAAUGUAUUUCUCCGAGAUCCUACCGUAUUUCACAGCUCACUGGAAGCUUUCCAAGACACAGGAGCGUCUCCACUUGUAUUCAUCGCGACGGAAACCUCAAACAAAAAACUGGACAUCGUGUUCAAUCUGUUUCCACCGGCCGUACAGCAGGAGUUCAGGAUAAAUCACAUAACAUUCAACAGUGCAUCGGUGACACUGAUGAAAAAGGCCGCCAAACGAAUCACGUCGCUGAUGGUAGGCUCCAAUAUGGCACAGCAUUAUCGUGUUCCGUCGCAGGAAUUGAUAGACAGCAUAAUUCUAUCGUCGAUGGGAGAUUUACGCAACAUGACCCUGAAUAUACAUUUUGCUUCGUUGAAGAAUGCUCCCCGGUUGAACACCGAAACGAUGAACGUCGGUGGCGAAGUGCUCAACAGUUCCGGGGUCGCGAUGAAGAAGAGUAAAAAGAAGGAAACCAAACUAAAGUCGGUUGGUUGUAACGAAAAUCUUACUCUAAUGCAUGCACUCGGGCGGGUUUUUAAUCCAAAGUAUGAACUAACAGGCAAAGGCGAAGAAAGAUUUCAUCACUCACCGGAGGAUCUGACGGAUGCGUUUGUUUCCCAGCCAGGAUCGAUGAUUUCGUUGAUUCAUUCCAACUACGUUACGCGGUUUACCGACAUCGACGAUAUCAAGGAAGCGGCAGACGGCCUCAGCUUGUCCGAUGUCAUCAUGUGCGAGUACCGGGAGGAUCUGCUGUCCGGUCAUGGACUGAACAUCGUCGUUAGAGGUAUGAUGGUAAACAAUCGGAAAACUGCCGGCGGUUGGCAGCAGAUUCGAAAGAAGAAAGUUUUCAGUAAACCAAGCGUCACGAGUCACGAAGAGCAGCUGAAAAAGUUGGGCCUAGAAACAUCGUCCAUUUCUUCCGGACUGUUUAUGACUGAUUACAAACGUUUACUCGAAAUCAUCCAACCGAAGAAGCCGUAAAUAGAAGAGCUGCCAUUAGCGAAGUGUAGAUAGCGUUGGUUUUUGUUAGAUAUUA